AUGGCUAUUGUCAAGACCCUGGAGAACCUGAAUGCCUUGGUUAUUGGCGCUGGUUUUGGAGGUCUCGCCUCUGCCAUAGAACUCGCCAGAAGAGGUGCGAAAGUGCGAGUGUUUGAGUCGGCCCCAGACAUGAGAAGGCAGGGCGAUGUCAUCCAGCUGGGACCAAAUGCGACUCGGUUGAUGAGUCACUGGGGCGACAUUCUUGACGAUAUCAAGGAAACCUCGGUCUCUCCAGACGUGAUGACGAUCAUGAAGAAGGAUGGCAAGGUAAUUCUAGAUCAGGACCUGCCCACGGAGUAUGAUGGCUACCCCAUGUCGUAUGGUAAUCGCGGGCGCAUUCAACUCAAGCUCUACGAAUAUGCCAAGUCUCUCGGUGUCGAGGUGACCCUUGGGGUCGCUGUGAUUGAGGUGUUCGAGACAGCCGAGACUGCUGGGUGCUACAUCGGCGACGAGAAGAUCGAAGCCGACAUCCUCAUUGGUGCAGAUGGCGUCCACAGCAAGUCCAGAAACCAUGUUACCGGCAUAUCGGAUAGACCAAAGAAGAGCGGUUUUGCUGUCUACAGGUCCUGGUUCCCGCUCGAGAGGCUCGCGGAAGACCCCGUCACUGAGUAUAUUGCCAUGUCUGAUACCCCAAUAUACAAAAUCUGGAUUGAGCAGGACACCCAUGCGAUACUCACGACAAAUCCAGCUUUGAAGUCUGCGACAUGUUUCGUCACGCAUAAGGCAAGUGAUGAUUCAGAUAUCAAAGAGGAUUGGAACCUAAAAGGCGACCUCAACGACAUGUUGGCAUGCGUGCAAGGCUGGGAUGACGAACUUUCUCACAUCAUCCAACACAUACCCCCAGAGGUCCUGAGAGACUUCAAGCUCCUUUGGCGGGAUCCUGUCUCGAAAUGGAUUUCAGACGGCGGCCGCGUAUGUCUGGUUGGUGACGCGGCCCACCCUCACCUUCCCACAGCCGGCACCGGCGCGGCACAAGCAAUCGAGGAUGCUGUGACGAUUGCUGUUGCCCUGGAGAAGGCAGGCCGGAAUAACGCUCCCCUAGCGCUCAGAGUAUACCAUCGGCUAAGAUAUGAGAGGACGAGCCUUACACAACGCAUGGGUUGGGAAACACGCCAUGUAUGGCAUCAGACAGACUGGGACGCAGUCGCCGUCGAUCCAAAUGUUCUGAGACUGCCUCAACCGGCGUGGCUACUUGGCGUGGAUGCGCAACAGUAUGCAGAAGAGAACUUCGAUGCUGCAGUGUCAAACGUGCAGAAAGGUGUUCCCUUUAUCUCAAGGAAUGUACCACCUGGCAAUGUCCACGAAGAAUGGACUAUAGAGACCAUGCUCUCACAGGAAGGGAAGGUUGCAGAUAAGGAUUUUUACAAGACGCGUGAUCCUGGCCUGGAGGCGUAA